AUGUUUUUGCAGUGGAUUUCUCACUUAAAUCUUCUUGAACCGAAUCCUGCAAAAUUUCCUCUAAAUGUUAGAAAAACACUUAUAUCCGAGAUAACCCAAACAUUGCUUCAAGCACAUGAUCCGAACCUUUUAUCAUCUACCACACAUGUUAAAUGGGUUAUGGAAGCUAUUGGACAAGGAUUCGAUUUACCAUUGGAAGAAAUGACGAUAACAGCAAAUUCUAAAGAAUUAUACUCACAAUGGUUAUUUGAACCAAAUUUUCGACCAGCAGCUAUUAGGGAUGCAAUUGGAAAGCAAGAAGAACAAGAAUUUUGGCAGAUAAUAUUUCAUCAUUAUUCUUUACUUUUUAAACCACGUGUACAAAAUUCCAAUGUAUCUGUGACGUCAACACCGACAACUCCCGGAUUUCCCUCAUCAGCUAAUCAAACAUCACCUAAUUUUACAUCAUUACAAAGACAUAUAGAAUUAUGUAAAGGAGUUUUAAUUGUAUUAACAAUGGCAGGACGUACAUUAGGUCCACAAUUUUCAGAAGAUACUUGGUUGGUACUUUUAAAAGUUGUAUUAGGAAUAACGGAUUGUUUAUUACAGAAAAGACAUGCUACUACAAUGGCAGAUGAAUUAUGUGAACAUUUAUUAAGAGUUCUAUUUGAAUUAUGGUUAAGGUCAAGAAUUCGUAAAGUAGAAAUGUGGGAUAUUUUUAAAAAAUGUUUUAAUCAAUGGUCACAUCGUCAACAAGCUUUAUUACAAUGGAAUGCUACAACUUUAGCAUUAACUCAACGUGUUGUAAGAUUAUUAUAUGGACCAAAAGAAGGAGCAGAUAUGGUUAAUAUAUCAGUAGGAGGAUAUAAUGUUGGAUUAGAUUUACCAACAGAUUUUGUAUAUUUCGCUUGGCAUAGAAUGAUUUAUUUAAUUAAUAAUCCAUGUUCAUUACCUUCAACAAAUUUUUCAUUUGCGAUAUUAGGAAUUGGUAGAAUUAUUGAUUCAUUUCAAACUAUUGGACAAAUUAAUCAUAUUCAAAAAUCAGCUCAAAAAGAUAUUGAAUCAUCUUUAGCUAUAAUACCUGAUGGAAAUACGAUAUUACAUAUGUUUGGAACAUGGUUAUUUCAAGCUUGUACUUUAAAACGUAAUGAUAUAGGUUAUCAAUUAGGAAGAGCUGAAGCAUUUGGAAUUUUAUGUAGAAUAUUUUGUUUACCUCAAAGACGUGAAAAAUUUUCUCGUAAAUAUAUUACACAAUUUUAUUUUGCACUUAUGGAAGGUUUACGAACUGAUAGUUGUUUAUCAAUUAUUUUAAUGAAUACUUCAAACCUUUUCGCAAUUGAUUUGGAGGGUAUAAGAAUGAUGGUACCAGAUUUUGUAGUAGGUAUUAAAAUGAUUUUACCAAAGUUAGCACCCGGAUUUAAAACUGAUUUACCAAUAGAAGAGUUAAGACUUGCCGCAAUUAAAGUGGCAAGUACUAUUAUGUGUUUACCGAAUCAUUUUGAAAAAGUAUCUUUAAGAGAAAAUUGGAACAUUGGUUUACAUCAAAAUGGUGAAAAAGUUGCUAGUAAUGAUCCAGAUGAAAUCGUGGUUAAUGAAUUAAUAAGAGUUUUAUAUUCAGAAGAGGAUAGUAGAGAAAAUAAACCAAGUGGAAAUUCAACUGAACCUUUUACUGCUCUAAAAUUUUAUAUAUUGGAACUUUUACUUAAAUCAUUAAAAACCGAAAAAUCAUCAUAUAAUCUUCGAUAUUUACUUCGUCUCAUUAAUGUAUAUGUGGUAGAAGAUGUAGCUUUUUGUCCUGGAUUGGUUGGUCUUGUAGUGAAAUCAAUUCAAGAAAAGGUUUUGACGAUGAACCUUCCUGCUGAUGUCACUUUAUGUGCAUUUGAUGUUUUAAAAGAUUUUAACUGUGCUAGAGAAUUGGUUCUAGCAUUCUCGCGGUUUAUUGAUACAAUGCUUUCUUCUAAUUGUGGUGGAUUGGGAAAUACAUAUCAUUUAGUUGAAAAGGCAUUUGAUUGCAUGAUGCGAUGGAUUCUUAUAGGUCAAUGGAUAAUUGGAGAUCGUGAUUGUCAUGAAGCUGUCAUUUCAACAAUUAGUAAAGGAAUUUCUGUAAUGCCAACAACACCAAAUAAUGAAGAUGAAAAUUCUCAACUUAAUUCUCCUGUUGACAAAAAAAAAACUAAAAAAGAUCCUGUACCCACUAAAUUAUUUUUACCACGUGGAGAAUUUGCAGUUAAAGUUGCCGCUGAAAUUGCUAUGGCACAAUUUAUUAAUCAUUUAGGUAAUUUUCCUGCUUGGAGUGAUCCUAUUGGUCCAAGUCGAAUUUCAACUUUAUUUAAUGAUGAUUUAGAAUUAGCCAAAGUAAAGAUUGUAGAAUCUAGUAAAUUAAAUAAUGGAAGAAUCUCUUCCCUUCCUGAAUUAGUUAGACAUUUUUUAAUUGAUGGAAGAAUAAUUGUUAGUUUUGUUGAAAUUCCCAAUAAUAGAAAUUUGAUUAAUCGUCAAGAUUCUUCUAAUAAAAAUUUAGAUAUCUUAAAUGAAUUAAAUAGAACAACAACAACUACAUCUGAUGAUGGUCCAUCAGUAAUUAUCGUUUUACGUGAUUGUACAGGAAAAUAUUCAUGGAUAUCUCAAAUGUGUUAUAAAUCUCAAAUUGAUGAUAAUUUUAAAAAUAAUUAUCGUUCAUUAUCCCCUGAAAUGGAUAGAGAAAUGUAUGAAAUAAGAUUAUUAUCUCCAAAAUCUUCUAUCCCAAUCCUUCGAACAGAAACACCACCACAUUUUUCACAUGAACAACAUUCACAACAAUAUAAUAUUAAUAAUAAAGAUCGUAAUCCACAAACAAUUCCUCAAGUAGUUAGUUUUAAUGAUAAUCAAAUACCUUGUAUGAAUAGUAUAUUUGAAGAAGGAAGUGAUAGUUGGAAGGCUUAUAAUGCUAUUAAUAAAUUGACACAAAGACAAAAAGAGGCAGAAGAAAAAGUAUUGAUGGAGAAAAAUCGAUCAAAAUUUGGACAGAAAAGUUAUAAAGCCGUUCCCGCAGUCUCUAAUAAUAAUUCCGAAAGCCCUCAAGUAUUUAGAUUAUUUAUGUCACAAAUGGGAUUACUUUCUUUAGAAAAUCGUCAUAGAGUAAUACCUUUGCAAAUAUCAGAAAGACUUGUAAAAGACCUUGAAAGAUUAGAUUCUUUGAAUGAACGUGAUUGCUUAAGUGCUUCAGUUUAUUUUGUAAAAUCUGGAAUGGAAGAAUAUGAAUCUAUUAUAAAUCCACCUUCAAUUAGUGAAGAUUUUGAAAAAUUCCUGAACAGUUUAGGAUGGCCGGUGUUAUUAGAAUCACAUCCAGGAUUUAAAGCAAAACUUAAUUCAAAAAUUUAUGAUUUAGUUUGUAUAAUUUGGAUUGAAGAUAUAGUCUCAAUGCAAAGUAUACCUUCUAAAAUUGGACAAUCAGCAUUUGUAUACAUAUUUGUUCAUCCUUUACAAAGUGCUACUGGAUUAUAUUGGAUUAGAAUUAUAACACCCAUUGUAACUUAUCAAGCUUCUGGAAAAGGAAGAGUAAGCUGGUGUGCUGAUACUACUAAAUUGGCGGAAAAUCCUUUGGCAUUUGGACCAUUAGUAGAUGGAAUGAUUGUUAGUAGACAUACGCUUGGAUCUCUUGUACGAAACACUGCAAUAUCCGCACAUGAAACUUGUAAAAAUUUCACAGAAACCCAAAGUAAAUCUUUUGCAUUAAGAAGACAAUUUAUAGAUGAAAUAUAUCAUAGAUACAAAACGAGCAUGUCUGUUUCUGAUUUCUAUACCGAAAUUUUUUUAACAUUAUAA